AUGAACGACUGGUGGACCGAUUUUUCCAACAAUCUAGCUACCGAUCUAUCUCCCCUCAUUGCGCUAUUUGGAGAAGCGCCUACGAAACAAUACCUGAGCGAAUGUUUGAACGUAACGGAUAUCAUCAUCUUUGCGAUGGCACCUUUGGGUAUCAUUACUACAGUGGUAUCAGCGAUCCGUGUUUGCGGAACUCCAUCCCUUCGCGCGUUCAUCGGCCGCGCCCAAGAGGGAGCAGGCAACGCCGAAGCCGAACUUUGUUCAUCCACUAGCAGAGAAGUCUGUGAGCUAUACAACAACGGAGGCAUUGCCCGUGUAUUCGGGCGCCCGAAACUUCUAGAAAUUGUCCAUGACCCGAAUGCUACGAUUGACGAUUUUUAUCACAAAGGUCCGGCGGCUUCAGCAAGUGCUGGAAUUUAUUUGUUUAAGGACUACCUGAAAAAAGACAAGCAAGAGUGGAAAGAGAUCAACAAACGUGCCAGUGAUGAAGAAAAAGUGCCUCUGCAACCUGAUGCUGAUCAAGAGGAACGGGACUUUGCACAAAAUCCAAACCUAUCUUUGAAUGUCGGGAUAAAACAGGCCACAGUACAUUGGUUUACCGCAGCGGCUAUAUUUGGGAUAAUCCUACAGUCUAGCGUGCUCGUCUGGGCUAUCCUCUCUAGGUAUACCGUUAAGAAUGUGAGAAAGGAUUUGCAAGACUUAUAUGCCGUCCCACUAGCUGUCAUAGGGACCUUUUUUUUGUGUGUCGGGGUGGCGCUUUGCGCUUCCUUAAUCGAAGGUAGCACUAAGGAGCGAGUGUUUGAAAGAAAAAUAAAGGAAUCUAUAUCCCAAAAAGAUAUUGCAUCCCAAGGAGAGGCUGUAUCCCAAGUAUACUGGGUCCAGCCGGGCACUCAAUUUGUUGGUGAUCAAGCGUUCGACUCCUUUGCAUACACGCAUCCAAAAAACCAAUUCACUCGGUAUAUCACAUCGUGGAAGACGAAGAAGAGUGAGCACGACGGAAUCUGGGUAUGGGCCGGUAUUAGCUGUACGGCAAUUGGUUUCUUGUUGCAAUUUCUGGGCCUAAGAGCCUGCCAUUCGUCCGUGGCGGUUGUCCAACUAGGUGUCACUAUCGUGAUGAGCGUGGUGCGGUCGAUGCUCCGUGCAAACCGAAUUAAGGAAGAGGAGGUUUUCCUAGCGCAUCAACCAGAUUUAUAUCAAGGGCAUGAAUUGGACUGGCUUGCACUAAAUAUUGGAACUGACAUCAGGCCUACACCAUCCGGACAUGCUCCUGGUCCAAAAUGGGAACUUUCGUCAGCACGACGGCCCGACUCAGUAGAUAUCUCUGAAAAGGGGUGGAAAUUACUCGACAAGAAGGACUCCUCGCAAACUCAGCCUUUUCCAAACAAAUACACCGAGUUUCGAAAAAUGUCCGUGUCCCAUACGGGCAAGUGCCUAUUAACUGGAUUUAGGCUAGACAGCGGCUACACCAAAGAGCGACAAGAUGACCAGUGCCCAGAAGAUUGGUGGGAUUUUCGAUUAGCAUCAGGCUGGCGAGCCGAUAUUCAGUUCGCCCCAGAAAAAUGGCGUGCCGAAAUGCAGUUAAAACCAAAAGGCGACAAGCUAACCGGAGUACAAGAUGACUUUGCAAAAGCUUUUCUGUACAGGACCCGGCUUGCCCGUCUGACUGAUAGCUGGAGUGAAGCUCUUGUCAGCGUGCGAGGUACUGCACGAGUAUUAGCACAUGCUAUUGAGGCCACAAUGCACGUCUUCCUUACUACGAAUGUCCGUUUUGAGAAGGGAUGGAACGCGGCUUUUACACUAUUCUGGGCAGUUCAAUGUUCACUGGAUAAAGAGGAAACCACCAAGGGAAACGUAUACCUCUCUCUCACACGCGAAAUUGAUAUAAACGGACGCUCUGGAGGAACAUGGCAUGCUGAAGAAUCCGAACUAGAAGCGGUCCUUGGGCUAUGGCUAUGGUCUCUUAGAAGUAUCAACACAAAAGUGCACACGCCGCUCAAGCGCAUUCUCUCAGUGAAAUCUGAUUCUGCAACCGGAAGGGAUCUCACCAUGGACUUUGAUCUAUGGCGUGAAGGUGGAGGCUCCAGCAUUGAGAUAACGGAAGCUCAAAAGAACCCGCAGGGACUUCCAUUAUUUGGUAGGCAUAAUAUCCCUGCCAAUAGUCCUGCAGGUAUUACGGUGUUGGGACUCCCAGCUGCCACAAAAUCUUUGCCAAUGAUGUGUGCCCAGGAGAUCUAUUCGUUAUUCUUCACAUCAAUAGUACAUGCCAUCAAGGAUAUUGGUGGGGAAACAGAGGUUCAAAAGAAUAGAGACUUCAGCCUCACCAAUACUAACAUCUCCAAAAUCCAAGAGGCUUUCACGGAAAGUGGCUUAGGCUCGUCAGAAGAUGCCUUUUCAUGUAUCUUUCCAGCCCUCGCAAUCCAAGAAAAGCUCCCCUCGGUGCUGAAGACCCUAUCCAAUGCUCGAGAAAUAGCAGAUAUGCAUACUGACGAAAAGAGAUGGGAGGAAGCUGAGCAGCUUUUACUGUGGGCGCUUCCACACAGCUUACAGUCAAGAAUGCCCCUCAAUCCGGGAGAUGAUCAAACUCGCCAGACCGAGCUGAUCAACGAUCAUCGCCUGCUGAUAUUAUCCUUGUGCGAAUGCUAUCGCAAAGCUCUGUUAGAUGGACAGAUCGAGUUUUGCCUGAGUGGUAUCAUUAAAAUGCUUGAUGACCCUACUUUCAAAAGCCUAGAAGACAUCCCACUUGUUGCCGCAGAUGGCCCAGAGCUACCAGAGGAACCAGAAGAUGAAGAGCCAGAGGAAGAGGAACCUGAAGCCGCAGAGAUAGAGGAAUCUCGAAACGUAAUUAGAUAUUCAGAUGGUGAAAAUGAAUAUUCACAGGGAGAGCAGCGUACAAAGUAUAUAGGCAAAGUCUAUUCAUAUACCCUUGCUGAAACGGUCAGGUCCUAUGGCAUAGCCGCCCUUCAAGUCGCACAAUCCGAGGCUAAAGCAGAGAUAAUCAACAAGCUAAGGACAAAACUAUUAGCGGGAAUAAACGAUAAAGGGACUCCAUGCCAAUUUCUCGGCUACAAAAAUACCAACCAAUGCAUAAAAGAAGCGGAUGAUGAAAAUGAAACCACCCUCUUUCGGGCCGUCUGUAACGACACACUAGACUCUGUGUUGUUUUCUCUAAAUCCAGAAUCCAUUACCAAUGACAACGAAAAUGGUGGAAAGGCUAUUUUCUUAGCCGCACAAAAAGGCUGGUAUGUGGUUGUGAAAGCCUUAAUAGAUAAUGGAGCGGCCUUGGAGCGGAAGGACGCAGAAAGCCGCACCGCACUAUCACAUGCCGCACAGAGUGGGGAUAUCAACACAUUCAAAUAUCUCCUAGGAAAGGGAGCAUUUCCAAAUUAUAGGGAUCAUCGACCGUGGACACCCCUAUUUUACGCUGCAUACUUUGGACGUCUAUCCAUUAUAAAGGAACUUCUAGCCGAUGGAAGGGUUGAGCCAGGUUUAAAAGAUAGAGAAAGGGAUACCCCACUAUCUUGGGCGGCGUUCGAGGGACAAACUAAAGCGGUUGAGCUACUACUUGCGAAAGAAGGGGGCGGGUUUGAAUUUGAAAGACAAUCACGGCGCAACACCACUCUCCUUAGCGGCAGCAAUGGGGUGUUGUAG